UCUAUCUGGCUCUCUAGUUUGCUGAACAUGUAGCUAGUUUACAGCUAACGGGUGAGAAGCAACUACUUACCGUUAUUUGUUAAGCUCGGAUUUAACGUUGUUUUACUGCUCUAGAAGGGAAGCAUACUUCUAAUGUAUUAGAAGUUAUACAAUUUACUUGCGACAGAGUUGUCACAUUCAUUUUUAGUUAGUUUAUGUGGCGUCAUUAGUAUAACACUCGCUGAAAGGAAUGAAUGUGACAGCGGUUACCUGCUAGCAUAGCUAACAUCAACUUUGGCUAAUACCGUUAGCUAGCUUGUCUGGCUGGCAUUUGCACAACACGGUUCUGUACAGUGGUCACCUCUAAUGAGCAGGUAACAACAAACAAGGUGGCCUUGGGAUUUCGGCUACGUCACCCGAAAAUAGAGAUGAGCUGUCAGGGUGAUCACACCCCUCCAUUGAGGGUGUUGGUGACCGGAGGAUCCGGCUUGGUGGGCAGGGCUAUACAGCAUGUGGUCAAAGAGGAGAGGGGAGCCAAGGAAGGGGAAGAAUGGAUAUUUCUCUCCUCCAAAGAUGCCAACCUCACGAACGUGGAGGAGACACGGGCAGUGUUUGAAAAAUAUCGGCCGACCCACGUCAUUCAUCUGGCUGCUAUGGUUGGGGGGCUUUUCAAGAACAUGAAGUACAACCUGGACUUUUGGAGAAACAAUGUCUACAUCAACGAUAACGUGCUGCAGGCAGCACAUGAAGUUGGCGCGGUCAAGGUUGUUUCCUGCCUGUCCACCUGCAUCUUUCCUGAUAAAACCACCUACCCUAUCAACGAGACCAUGAUCCAUAACGGACCACCUCAUGAGUCGAACUUCGGCUAUGCCUAUGCAAAGAGAAUGAUUGAUGUUCACAACAGGGCGUAUUUCCAGCAGCAUGGGAGUUGCUAUACAGCUGUGAUUCCCACUAAUGUGUUUGGUCCCCAUGACAACUUCAGCAUUGAGGACGGUCAUGUGCUGCCAGGCCUAAUUCACAAAGCUUACAUUGCUCAAAAGGAGGGGAAGCCCCUGGUGGUCUGGGGCUCCGGCACUCCCAGAAGACAGUUCAUCUACUCUUUAGACCUGGCUCGUCUCUUCCUGUGGGUCUUGAGAGAGUAUUCAGAGGUCGAUCCAAUCAUUCUCUCUGUUGGAGAGGAGGAUGAAGUGUCCAUCAAAGAAGCUGCAGAAGCAGUUGUGCAAGCACUGGACUUUAAAGGAGAAGUGGUGUUUGAUACCAGUAAAGCAGACGGCCAGUUCAAAAAGACAGCCAGCAAUGCAAAGCUGCACCGCUACCUGCCGGACUUCACCUUCACACCCUUCAAACAAGCUUUAAAGGAAACCUGUGAAUGGUUUGUUGCCAACUAUGACGCAGCCAGGAAGUGAACGCUCUGCCAAUCAAUUUGGUACAAAGUCUGUCGAUCAUUGACCCGCUCUGUUGGAAGAGGAGAAGAAAACAAGGUGGCUCAUGUGCAAAGGUAGAUGGAUGUGACUGAAUUGUGUGUUCUCAGUGAGCUAGACUAAAUAUACUCAGCAAAAAAAAAGAAACGCCCUGUCACUUUCAACUGCUUUUAUAUUUUAAACAAACUUAACAUAUGCAAAUAUUUGUAUGCACAUUAAAAGAUCGAACAACUAAGACAUAAACUGAACAAUUUUCACAGACAGGUGACUGACAGAAAUGGAAUAAUGUCCCUGAGCAAAUUGGGGGGGGGUCAAAAUCAAAAGUAGCCCUCAGUAUCUGGUGUGGCCACCAGCUGCAUUAAGUACUGCAGUGCAUCUCCUCCUCAUGCACUGCACCAGACUAGCCAGUUCUUUCUUUUUUUAAGAUUAUUUUUGGGGGGCUUUUCCCUUUAUUUUGAAAGUGGAUAUAGAUGAAAGGGGGGAGAGAUAUGGGGGACGACACGCAGCAAAGGGCAGCAGGUCGGAUUCAAACCCUGCGCCGCUGCAGGACUCAGCCGACAUGGUAGCGAACACUCUUACUGGGUGAGCUAGAGGUCGCCCCAGACUGGCCAGUUCUUGCGGUUGUUGACGAUCAGCUGUGCUUCCUGUCUCCCUGUAGCCCUGUCUUAGGCGUCUCACAGUAGGGACAUUGCAAUGUAUUGCCCUGGCCACAUCUGCUGUCCACAUGCCUCAGGCACGUUCACGCAGAUUAGCAGGGACCCUGGGCAUCUUUCUGUUGGUGUAUUUCAGAGUCAGUAGAAGUCUCUUUACUUUCCUAAUUUUCUUAUAACUGACCUUAAUUGCCUACCACCUGCAAGCUGUUAUUGGCUUUUCAACCGCUCAACAGGUGCAUGUUCAUUAGUUGUUUAGUUCAUCGAACAAGCAUGGAAAACAUUGUUUAAACCCUUUACAAUGUAGAUCUCUAAAGUUAUGAUUUUUACAAAAGUAUCUUUAAAAUAGUGUCCUGAAAAAGGGGCGUUUCUUUUUUUUGCUGAGUUUCUCACUUAGAAUUCAUCUGCAACACUUCUCUUAAUAGAAAAGUAUAAAACAAUUUGUCUACUGACCUGUAUGUAGAAUGUUGUUCAUUAUGGCAGUGUUAAUUAUAAGUAAAGUUAAUUGGGGGUUCAAUCUGUCAGGAUUAGUCUUUUUCAGCAUUCAUCACUUACCUCUUGAAGGGUUUUUAAGUUCUUGAUUCACUGUAUUUAUUGAACAAAACUGUUAUGUGCUGUUUGAAUAGUGGAUUGGAUGUUUUCUUAUUCAGUAUAUUUGCACUGAGCAAAUUAAAUGUUUUAAUAAUGUCUUA